AUGCGUUCUCUUCUCCGCUACACGUUGUUGGCACUGCCUCUUCUCGGCGCUGCCAUUGCUGAGGAGCCCUCGACACAGACCUCGGACGCCUCGAACUCCAUCUAUGCAAAUGCGCAGGAAGCUUUCCAGGAGCUGCUGAACGUGCUGCCCGAGGAGUCGCUGCAGGCCGCUCUCAACUCGCUCACCAAGUUCAAGGCCGGCGUGUUCGAGUCGCACCGCAGCGGCGUCGAGCAUGUGCACAGCAACAGCCCUGCCCUGGCCACCAAGCUCAUCGUCGCCGCUGUUCAGGACCUGAAGAACCGCCAGGUCGCCGCACCUUCUAAUGGCACCACGCCCGUCGUCCCGAGCAGCCAGGCCCCCGAGCAGCCCCAGAGCAGCGCGCAGCCGUCGGCUCAGCCGUCAACCCAGCAGUCGGCCCAGCAGUCGACCCAGCAGUCGGCCCAGCCAUCGGCCCAGCCGUCGACCCAGCAGUCAGCCCAGCAGUCGGCCCAGCAGUCCAGCCAGGCUCCCGAGAAUACCCAGCAGCAGAGCUCAGAACAGGCCCCAGCAACCACCGCCAACGCCCCCAGCACACCCACCAGCCGCCCCGUCCUCAUCCCCGUCCAGGUCACGACGGUCAACCAGCAAGGCAGCACUGUGGUCCAGACCAGCGAGGUCUUCUCCGAGGUCACUGCCUCUGUCCAGGUGACCGUGACGCGUACGACGACCAACCAGCAGGGCAGCACCGUCGCCGUCACCACGCAAGAGGUGCGCCCCGCGGUGAUCCGCACCACGACCGACUCGCGCGGCAGCCAGGUGACCGUGACGUCGGCCGCCAUGUACGCACCCACGCGCGGCCAAGUCCUCACCACGACCAACGCCGAGGGCUCCACCUUCCUGACCACCUACACACCCGGCGGCGGCCGCGUGUCGAGCGUGAAGCUGGUCACCACCACCGACGCCGAAGGCCGCCCGCAGACACGGACGAGCAUCACCUACGUCGACCCCACCGAGGUUGGCGGCAGCGACGACAACGGCUCCGGCUCCGGCGCGACCCCGACUGGCCGCCCAACCGUACAGUCGGGCUCUGCGUCCAAGAACAGCGCGCUAGCCGGUCUGGUUGGUCUCGGUGCGUUCGCCUUCUUCUUCUGA